UGUGGACUUUUUAUAUCCACAGACGCCCCCUAGUGGCUGAACUUUGAAGUGAUACCUCCCUAUUGUGACAUUAUCGCUUCCCCCGCUCGUGUUUGGGACGGACAGAAGUCAUUGUGCUGCUGUAAAAACAAUUGGCAAACAUGUUGUUCUUUUGUGAAUGGAAAGAAUUGUUCCCUUUCACUUCACUCCGCACUACAAUUACAUUCGUGCGCAAAAAUAACCGAACCCACCUCAGCGGUUGUGUUCUUCAUAGCAAGCAGACGGCGUCGGGCCUCUUAUCUCAUCAAUAAAGGCACAAUCUGAAGCUUUAUGUUCUUUGCACGAGAGUGAUGUGAAAGGGAAAGGAGGGAGGGAGAGAGGGAAUCAGGGAGGAGAUAUAUGGAGAAGGAGGGAAUGAAGUGAGAGGAUUUUCUUUUUUUUUCGCAGACACACUCCUUCACUCAAGACGUCCGCGACUGCCCACACACACAAUUUGCUGCUUGUCAGACCUUUCCUCCCCCGUCACAAUGUCCCACGCCAUCUUCUCCAGCUGCCUCCUGUUCCUCUUCCUUCUGUCGCUCUGCGCUGCCGAGCCACGGCGCACCACUUCCGGUCCGCCCAGGGUGGCGCGCGCACCUGCCGCCAAGGUACGUCUGGCGGGAAACUCGCCGCGGGAGCCUCACGAGGGGCGCGUGGAGGUGCUGCACAACAGCACAUGGGGCACCGUGUGCGACGACGAGGUGGACAUCAACCUGGCCAAUGUGGUCUGUCGAGAGCUGGGCUUCCAGGGGGGCGUCACGUGGGCACACAGCGCCAAGUAUGGGGAAGGACAGGGUCCCAUAUGGAUGGACAAUGUUCGAUGCAACGGUUCCGAGAAGUCCUUGAAGGACUGCAAGCACAACGGCUGGGGGGUGAACGACUGCAAGCACUCUGAGGACAUGGGGGUGGUGUGCGCCACGGAGCGCAGGCGGGAGCAGACGACCGGCGCUGGAGACCACAGCAACGCCAUCAGCUCCAAUGGGAAUCCCUCGCCCCAGUGGCAAGGCCCGGUGGCUAGCCGCAGGCACUCCGGAUACGGCUAUUACGGGAACGGACAUCCAUACGAGGUCCCCAGGAUCCAGAGGCAGCAACUUAACCAUGGUCACAGUAAGGUCCGAAUCGAGGAAGUGCGCCUGAGGCCUAUGCUCAUGUCAACCAAGAAGAAGACCUUGGUGACCGAAGGCGUGGUGGAAGUGAAGCACGCGGGGAGAUGGAGGCAGGUGUGCGACAUGGGCUGGAGUCUGAACAGCAGCAGAGUGGUGUGCGGGAUGCUCGGCUUUCCUGACGCCGCUCAGCCCAACCUCAAAAUGUACAAGAAAAUAUGGGACACCAAGGUGGCAGAUCCUUCAACAAGGCUGAGCCUCAUGUCCAAGAAGAAAGGCUUUUGGAUCGAGAAGGUCCACUGUCUGGGAAGUGAGAACACCUUGUCGGAGUGCCACGGUCAGCUGUCAAUCCCCCGUAGCCCCGCCCCCUGUAAGAACGGACGGCACGCUGUGGUCAAAUGUGUUCCGGGUCCUCAGUUUUCUCGGAUUUCCUCGGGAAGACCUCAAGCCCCGUACCCAGUUGUGCCGGUGCGUCUGAAGGCCGGGCCCAGGCUCGGCGAGGGUCGCGUAGAGGUCCUCCGAGAUGGAAAGUGGGGGACGAUCGUGGACCACAUGUGGGAGCGGACGGCGGCCAGCGUGGUGUGCAGAGAGCUGGGCUUCGGUACCGCCAAGGAUGCACUGCAAGGCGCCUAUAUGGGUCAAGGUAGUGGACCCAUCCACAUGAACAGUGUGCAGUGCACGGGGACAGAACGAUCCAUCCUCGACUGCUUCUUCCAGGAGGUUCAACCGUGGACAUUCAAACAUAGCCAGGAUGCUUCCGUGCGCUGUAACGUUCCUAAAACCGGCACAGAGUACACGGUGCGUCUGGCUGGCGGCAGGGUGCCCUCAGAGGGUCGAGUGGAGGUGCUCAUGGAGGUGGGCGGCCGCAAGCGUUGGGGUUCGGUCUGCAGCGAGAACUGGGGCAUCAAUGAAGCCAUGGUGGUGUGCAGACAGCUGGGUCUGGGAUUUGCUGCGAGUGCACAUCAGGUAUUCUGAAAGUGACGCCACAUCAGUUCAUUGUUGUGUCCCCCCCCCCCACCCAACGAAAGGUACUGGACCAGCGACCCAAAUGCCGCCGAGCUGAUCCUCAGCGGAACUCACUGCGUUGGCACCGAGUUCUCCAUUCAGCAGUGUCGCCGUAACAACCACAUGCACUGUCCGCGAGGCGGGGGACCGAAGGCGGCUGGCGUCACCUGCUCGGAGACGGCUCCCGACCUCGUUCUGGAUGCCCAGCUGGUCCAGGAGACGGCCUACCUGGAAGACCGACCGCUCCACCUGCUGAGCUGCGCCAAUGAGGAGAACUGUCUGUCCUCCUCCGCCGCCCGCAUGAACUGGCCCUACGGCCACAGACGGCUGCUGCGCUUCUCUUCGCGCAUCAUGAACCUGGGACGCUCCGAUUUCCGACCCAAAGCGACGAGGGAGAGCUGGACGUGGCACCAGUGUCACAGGCAUUACCACAGCAUCGAGGUUUUCACACAUUAUGACCUGCUGACUCUCAACGGCACCAGGGUCGCAGAAGGACAUAAGGCCAGUUUUUGUCUGGAGGACACGUUUUGCCCUGACGGUGGCCAAAAGCGCUUUUCCUGUUACAACCUGGGCGACCAGGGUAUCUCUGUGGGCUGCUGGGAUACCUACCGCCACGAUAUCGAUUGUCAGUGGGUUGACGUGACGGACGUGCGGCCUGGAGAUUACAUUUUUCAGGUGGAAGUCAACCCCUCCAUGGACAUGGCCGAGUCGGACUUCAUGAACAACGUCAUGCGCUGUCGCUGCAAGUACGACGGCAACAGAGCUUUUAUGUACGGAUGUCACGCAGGCGACGCUUACAGCGCAGAGAUCGAAGACCUUUUCGAGCACCAGAGGCAAAUCACCAACAACUUUGUGUAGAGACACAAAAGCCUUGCGGACGCUGCUCGAAGUGGCCUGAGGGUGAUGCCUCCAAGGCCCUUUGGGAAGCUGACAGGAGCAACGGCGAAGAAAAUGGAAAAAGCUGCCUGGCUUGACAGCAGAUCAAACGUCACAUCGAUGAGACUCAAGUAGACAGACCGACCACAAGAGCGGCUCAUGCAGCUUUUUGGCUGUUAAUGACUGUAGUUAGGUAUGUUAAUAUCAAUAUAUUGAUUAAAAAAAAAA